AUGGGUAGAUUAUUUGCUUCAAACAUUACCAAUAACACUAACACUGAUACUAUUGUAACUGCCAUUUACAAGAGUGAAGACGAUCAUUAUGAGGAGGAAGUUACUCAUAUCAUUCCUCGAUACAAAUCUCACACUUUUGGACCAAAAACCAAAGGUAGUGCCAAGUUGAGGUUGUCUCGUCUUGACAUUUCAGAUAAUAAUAAGAGAACUCGAAUUUUCAAUGAACCUUUCGUUAUGAAGGAUAAGGAAAAAGUUGAUUAUUACUUGUCCAUUCCAUUUGAAGAAUUGGAAUUGCAUCAAGCUGAAGGUGGUCAUAGACAUCACGUCGAUAAUCAUCCAAUGCCACACGUCACUAAAACAGGUAUUUAA